AUGUCCACAGCCAAAGAACGAUUAACAGGAAUUUCGGGUGUUCAAGUUAAUGGAAAUACUGGAGGUGCUGCUAAGAGAGUCUUUAAACCGACUAUCCCAACAACUCGUCGAUCAGGUGGAGGAUCAGGAGUAACUCCAGGUAGCGGUGGGACUGGAGGUGGAAAUGGUAACAGGGAAGGACGAGAUCAGAAUAACAGUUGCAAUGGUAAAGUAAAAAGUAAAGAAAAGACUAGAAAAUCAAAAGGGAAAAAAGAUUUAAUUCAAUUGGAUGCAACUUUUAAUGGUAUAAAUAUAACAUCAAACUCCAUUAAACCAGAAAAAGGUUUCAUUAGUCCAGGAGGAAGUGGUUAUGGUCAAACCAGUGAUACUCGAACACUUCGAUCUAGUCAAUCAGAUAGUCUAAAAGGAAUUGGUUCUUCCGGGACCAGUGGUUGUGGUGGUGGCGUGAAUCAUCAUAUGGUGAUAAUAAUCUAA